CAGUGGUUUUCAUGGCAGCCAUUGAAAUGCCAAAUACUGUUACGCUAUUUGACGACAUAAAAAAUGGCUGUCCAGCGGCAGCUAGAUAAAUAAAGGCUUGCUAUAACAGGAGGUACGCAGGGCACAGGUAUAAGCAUGGCUAAGAGUGGAGGGAUUGUCAUGAAGACACUUGUAUUGAGACUGCAUAAAGUGGACCCCUCUUCACACAAUUACAAGCCAUCAGAUAUUGAACCAUCUAAUGGAUCGGAAACUGAACUAGAGGAACAAGAGGAUUGUGCUCGUACCCAACCGUAUGCAAAGAGACGAGGGCAGUGCGCACGAACGCAUCCAGCGAUAGCACUUCCUCCUGCAAAAAGACGCAAAUCAGAUCCCACAGAAAAUGAAACCAACUCUCCAGCCAAUCCAGUCACAAUGAUAGAGGCGUUAAUGUCAUGCUCUCACCCUCCAUCCAAAACCACACCCCCUUUAGCACCAGCGAGCUCAGAAGCACUCCAAGUGGAUAAGACGGGUAUGCAGCAAACCAACGUGCGAUUGAAACAGUUAAUAAAGCAUGGAAGGCACAGAUUUCAGAAGUACAGGAUCUCCCGAGUAUCCAGGGAAACCGGGGCUGUAAGCAGACCAGUGCAGCGACCCACCAUAAGCAAUUGCAAAUCAAGGAGCCAUCUGAUGUAUGCUGCCCGCUGCUUACCCUCCACGCGUCCCAAACCUAGUGACCCGCAGAAGAAGAGAGUGACAAAACCUCUAAUGGUGCGUAUACGUUUGUCCCAACUAGUGAAGCCGUGCUCUGUGAGUGUGCGCACUGUGGGGACAUAUCGGACAAGCAGCACACAAACUGACGCUGUGUUUGUGGGGGACAAAGAGGAGGCCAGGGAGUUGAUACGGUCCGAGGUGAAGGAAUCACUGGGAACAGUGGCUAAGGCCUUGGCCUACACACAGAGACAGGUGGGGAAACUGAUGGAGGAGAAAGAACGACUAGAAGUUCUGCUAUACGAGAAAACUGCACUUAUUCUGGGUAACUCCGCCCACUCCACCAGUUCGAGGGAGCGUGUGUGGGUGUCGUGUGCUCGUGCCCGGCCAUUCAUGGGGGGGCUAAAGCUAUCGAACAAACGUUACCAAAAAACGGUCCAAAAUAAAGCUACCGAAAAUACCAGAAAAAAACUUCCCAUUGAGCCAAGUAUCAAAGCCAGCAAGAAACCCCCCAAGGAACCGAUUAAUAAUGUCAGCAAAGAACUUCCCAAGGAGCUGAUUCGUUAUGAUACUCCUGAUCUCCGGGCAGAGGAAAUUUUAUCUGAUAAAUCGACCGCUGAUAGUGAGUGCUCUAAUCUCAGUGAAGGUUCGGUGGUUCGUUGCCAUGACGUCCAGGCGGCCGCUGCAUCCUGUGAAGAGUCCUCAAUCUCAGAACAUCGUGAAUUCCCAGAAAUAGUAUUUGAUUUGAAUUUGCCCGUUAUCUCACAAGCCCGAGAAAAUCGAUCUGAAAAUGAUGAAAUUGUGAGAAAAGAAAUGAAACAGUUUGUGCAAUAUCUGCAGAGCCUCUACACUUGCCUCAAACAGUUGUCAUCCUCACAACCUAACCACAGUCCCGUUACUACGCAGAUAGCCAAUGCAAUCAAGAAGCAGUUACAGAUCUUCACCAAAUCUUUAAAGGGUGAUAAUUUGGACGGACUGACACUACGCUCAACUAUCUCUUUAGUUGAGAGUGCCAUCCAAGGAUUCAUAAGUACAGGCAACGGAGCGAAUAAGUUAGCCAACGGAAGUAACCAACUGUUCUCAUCUGCCUUAAUCAAUCAAGUUAUGCAGCUUCCCAAAAUAUCCACCACCUCUACUGCCGUGCCCUCCUCUACUGCCGUGCCCCCCUCUACUGCCGUGCCACCCUCUACUGCCGUGCCCCCCUCUACUGCCGUGCCCCCCUAUACCCAUACAUCUGUGCCCCCCUCUACUGCCGUGCCCCCCUCUACCCGUAUAUCUGUGCCCCCCUCUACUGCCGUGCCCCCCUCUACCCAUACAUCUGUGCCCCCCUCUACUCAGUCAAUGAAGAUGGUAACUGGACAGCCAGGGACCCCAGUCAGCCGUGGUUCAUUGUCUUUUAUGCCUAUCACUCGAAGAGAGCAAAGUACUAGUCAGCAAUCUGUUCAAUUUCCCCCCACCGUGAGCAGGAUCACAAUUCUACGCCCCCCACCCCUCACCUACAAUCCUGCCACAAUUCUACGCCCACCAUUUCUCACUAUCAAGCCUGCCACAAAUGUACGCCCACCCAUCACUAGCAAGCCUGUACGUCGACCUGUCACUGCAUGCCCACCACCACCACUCACUAGCAAGCCUACUUCGGAGACUGAAAUUGUACAUCCGCUCACUUUCAAGGAACAUUCUCGGCUCAUAAGUGUAUCCCCACCACCCCUCACUAACAAGCCUGUACAUCGACCAGUCACUGCACGCCCACUCCACGUCCCUCCUACUCGCAGGAAGAAGCCUCCUCUGAGUCCAGAGGCUCAAGCAUCAAUGAUGGCCAACUACAAAGUUCAUCGAAAUUUAAUCCCUAAAAAACAAAAUUCUUUUCGAGUAUCGUCUGCCGUUGGGGCUGAGUCCCAGUCUAAUGUAAGGAGCUUACCCAUCAUCCUGUCCCAACCAACCAACCCCCCACGGAAGAGUACUUUGGCGACAGAGCCCCCCCGCCAGUCUGAUGACAGGAAUCCCCCAUGGAGCAGUGUUUUGGCGACAGAGCCCCCUCGCCAGUCUGGUGACAGGGGGUUACUCAUACCAACUCCCCCAGUGAUUCAAUCAACCAACCCCCCAUGGAGCAGUGUUUUGGCGACAGAGCUCCCUCGCCAGUCUGAUGACAGGGGAUUGCUCAUACCAACCCCUCCAGAAAUCCAACCAAUCAGCCCCCCACAGAAGAGCAGUUUUUCGGCAACAGAGCCCCCCCUCACACCAACCCCCCCAGUGGUCCAACCAACCAAUCCCCCAGAGAACAGUGUUUCACCCCCCUGCCCAUCUGGUGACAGGGGGUUGUCCCUUGUACCAACCCCCCCAGUGGCCCAACCAACCAACUCUCCACCGAACAGUAACAAUUUAACCAUCGGGUUGCUCACAAAACUUAGGGAUUCUAUCACUAGCGCUGAUAUACACUUGAAGAAAUCUUUGAACGACAAAAUAGAACAGUUACUUCAUAAAACGUAGUAAUGUGGACAAGCAACAUCGGACGACUAUUGCUAUUGUUAUCAUAAUUUAUGAACAUUAAUUUUUGUCAUAAUUCUUGUAUAUUUAACCUGAAUUUUACAGUUUUAUUCAUUCA